AUGUCCAAUGUCGGCGAGAUCCCCAAGGAGAGCAAGUGGGGCAACGAUGCACACUCAGCUCUCUGCGUAGCUCUCGCCGAGGCCCUGAUUGCUGCUGGAAGCAGUCCCGCGCAGAAGAAAGACCUCAUUAUGGCCGUUAUGAAGGCGUGUGGCCUCGAGGCUUUUACCUGGGAGUCUGUCCGUUACCGGAAACGUGUCUUCCUCUUCCUGCCGUCCUUUUCUCCCACCUUCAUCACUCCCACAAAACUUCUGCGCUAUCUACGCUACAACUACAAACGGUUCAACCUUUUGUCCCACCACCCAGCCCUUCCUUCCGAGAAGUCAUCGCAAAAUGCCGCGUUGGGACGAGCAAACCCAUAUCGAUCUGAUGAUCGCUCUUUACACGGCCUUGCAACCCAGCAUGACCAAAGAAAUACAGGACUCUGUCGUCAAGGCCAUGCGAUCCAAAGGGCAUCAAGAUGUCGGAUGGGACGCGCUCCGGUAAGCUACAUGCGGUGA